CUUUCAGUACUUGCUUGUUUAUUUACUUGUUCUUCAACACAAAACCAAACAGGCAAACACAGAGUUGGUAUACCACCAAUCCCAAUUCCAAAAACAAAAAAAAUCUCGAAUUAUUCUUCUUCGUCAUCACCUCGGUUUUGUCAUCGAUGAAAUUAAUGUUGUUUUAUUCUAGUCGAUAAAUCCAAUUUUUCUUUACAAAAAAAAAAACAAAAUACUUAAACAACUGCAGCACAAAUAUCUUUGUCUGAUCAUCUACUUCUUCUUCUUUUUAUCUCCAAGUAAGAUUUCUUCUUCAUCAUCUUCUUCUUCUUUGAAAUUUGUUGCUGAGUUCUGAUUAACAAAAUUUGACGAAAGGGGUUGGACUUAGUUCGAUUAUUUUGUGAACAAGUAGUAAAAGAAUGGGUCAAGAUCUUUUGGAAAUUCAACCCCCUAAAGAACUCAGGUUCACAUUUAAGUUGAAGAAGCAGAGUUGGUGCUCGGUGCAGCUCUUGAACAAUUCAGACCAUCAUGUAGCUUACAAGGUUAAAACUACAAAUCCGGGGAGAUAUUCUGUGCGACCAAAUAUAGGCGUUAUUCAGCCAAACUCGACUUGUGAUUUUACAGUUAUUAUGCAAGCACCCCGGGAAGCCCCGGCCGAUUUACAGUGUAAAGAUAAGUUUCUAAUCCAAAGUACAGUUGUUCCUGCUGAGACAACUCCAGAGGAUAUCAAAUCCAGCAUGUUCUCCAAGGAUACCAACAAAUAUGUUGGAGAGAACAAGUUGAGAGUCGUUAUCGUUGCCCAACCGAAUUCUCCUGUAGUUCUCCCAACCAAUGAAACUUUGCAGGCCGAACCAACUAUAACGUCUCCAAUUUUGGGAGACCAAGAAAAUCUCCCACCAGAACAUAUGGUAACAACUAAGGAAGUGAAGGUCACGGAACUUGCCAACUAUGUGCAAAAGUUGAGUUCUCCUGAGCCUGUGGAAGAAUCUAAACUGGCUAAUGAAAUGAAGGAGCUGAAGUCAAAGCUAACUGUUUUGGAAUCAAAUCUGCGCGAGGCUGAGAUUUGCAUGCAAAAGUUGAAGGAAGAGAAGACCGUAAAGUUCAAGGAGAGGGAAAUGUUGCAAGAAGAACUGGUGCGUUUGAAAAGCAACAAGGGUGGAAGAAGAGUUCAAGUUGGUUUCCCAUUUCUAUUUGUUUGCAUGGUCGCCAUAGUGAGCAUGAAACUCGGGUACAUGCUACAUAGCUGGUAGGCGGAAGAGUCUUGUAUAUCUGCAGUAUAGAACUAGAUAUAAUACCAAAGUGUCAUUCUUCAAAUCAGAAUGAAUCUUAAAGGAUCAUCUUAUAAACUAUACGGAAGUUCAAAACAAAAUGUUUCUCGUUUUAUGAUCUGAUUUUCUGGUCUAAAAUGCUUUAUUAACAGGUAGUGGGUGUACAAAGUCUGUAAGCUGAAAUCUAUGCAACUUCACUCCGUUGUCCCUUUUUUUCUUCAAAUCUGUUGUACAUUUUUUCUUAAUAACACACUACUGAACUCUGCUCAA